UCAGUCAGGCAGUGAUCGUGGCCGCGCCAAGGGGUGUCUCUUCCGGGGGUUCCGCACAAAGUAGUAAAACGAGGAAGGAGAGAAAAAAAAAAACGGUUCCAGUCACACCAGCACCCACACAAGGCACGACCACCACCCAUCAUCACCCACAGGAUUGGAGCAUUUGGUAGGAUUUGGGGCAUAAAUUGGGCGGAAAAAAGUUUCGUGGGAAAAAACCCCGUAAAUCUGUGAAAAGAAAAAUCUGAUUUCCCGUAGGAAGAAAAGGAAUAAUAGAGUGAGUGCAUCCCACUCUUUCACACGCGUUCCCCACAUACACCCACGUGAGAAUAAUUCGCCAGUGAGUGUGUGUGUGAAAAUCGUCCCAAAUAAUGGAUCUAUAAGCAGCGAAAAUCGAAAGAAAAUCGACCGAUUCUCGAUUCUGCAGCAGCACCUGCAAAGUAUGCAACUGUGAUAGCACACUGGGUGUUGGGGCAAGUGUAGUAGGAUUAGUGCGAUCAAUCAAAUUACAGUGGGUGAACGUGUGCAAAUUUAUCAAAGAAAAGCGAUAAUUUUCGACCCCGAAAUCGACCGAAAAUCGAGAACCCACAGCAGGAGGAGGCAUCGGCCGACCAUCGAGCGAACGAGUGAACAGAGCUCUCUUCUUACAUCAUAGGAUACGCGAAAGCACACGAAAUUAGCAAGCCCCAGUAGAUCAGCACGAUGAAGCGAACACGCCGCGGCCGUUACUGGCACAUGGGCAUCGUGUUCCUGAUCUACUCCAGCUUCCACGCGUACUCGGCCACGAUUGGCGGAAACGGCGGUGAAGACCUUGGCGAUGACUCCGGCGAUCUGGCCUCGGACCUGCCCCCGAACGUAUCGCCCAAUCCGCUGCUAUACUCGACCACGGGCACCACGGACGGCAGCGAGGAGGAGGGCAGCUCGACACCGGAGACGGCCACCGCCAGGAUCCACCACGGCCAUCCGACGUGGCGACCACUCCGCGAGAACUGUACCCCACCAGCGAUCGAGCAGUUCCCGCGGCCACUGAUGGGACCGUACAUAAGGAGGCAUGGUGGCCUCGUGCUGCACGUGCUCGUGGCCAUGUUCACCUUCCUCGGGUUGGCCAUCGUGUGCGACGACUACUUCGUGUCCAGUUUAGAUAGAAUCUGUGAAGAAUUGAAGCUCUCGCCGGAUGUGGCCGGUGCCACGUUCAUGGCUGCCGGCAGUUCAGCGCCCGAGCUGGCCACCGUCGUGAUCGGUGUGUUCUUCGCCAAGGACGACAUCGGCAUCAGCGGUGUGAUCGGUUCGGCUGUGUUCAACAUCAUGUUUGUCAUUUCCGUUUGCGCGCUCUGCUCCGGAACCGUUUCCCAGCUGAACUGGUGGCCGCUGGUGCGGGAUUGUACCUUCUACUCCAUCUCGAUCCUGGUGAUGCUGAUCGUGAUCUUCAACGACGUCAUCUCCUGGAUCGAAUCGCUCGUCAUGCUUAUGUUCUACGUUCUGUACUGCGUCGCACUGCACUUCAACAGUCCGCUCGAAAAGUGGGCCCACACCUGGAAUCUUCCCAUCAAACUUCCAACCAAGGAGGAACAAUCGGCAAUGGUCACGUACAAGAAUCUUCCAGACACUACGUACACCCAGGGACAGCAACCGGGCGCGGAACAACAGCAGCCACCACAACCUGUGGAACAACCUCCGGUAGAUCAAGGUUACGCCGAUCCCAACUCUGGAUGGGAUCCCAACGCGGCCUGGGGUGAACAACAGGCGGCUCCCGCGGUCAACAACAGCUACGCCCAGCCCUCUUACAACCCCAACGACGCCUGGGGAACAGAGGGACAGCAGAACUACGGAUACGAGGACCAGUACGGCCAGGAUGCAGCGAAAUCCCAGCAAGUCGCUCAAGCUCCCCAACAACAGCAGCAGACGGCGGCCGUCACGACCGGAGCGGUUCAACCGGCCGGCGGCGACGACUACUACAAACCCAGGGAACCUCGACCGCAGGACUCGAAGAACCCGCUGGAGAAGCCAGUGGACGGAGGCAUCUUUGCGCAGAUCUCGUGGGCCGUUGUCUACCCGAUCCACUACACCGCUCGGCUCACGAUGCCCGACUGUAAAACGGAGAAGUAUAAGAACUGGUAUCCCUUCACCUUUGUCGUGUCCAUGAUCUGGAUCUCAUUUUACUCCUACUUCAUGGUGUGGAUGAUAACGAUUAUUGGCUCGACCCUCGGCAUCCCUGAUACUGUCAUGGGACUAACGUUCGUAGCUGCCGGUGUAUCCGUCCCGGACGCUCUUAGCUCUAUUGCAGUGAUUAAGGAAGGUUACGGCGACAUGGCCGUUUCCAACGCCGUCGGUUCCAAUGUCUUCGACAUUCUCAUCUGUCUCGGUUUGCCGUGGUUCAUCCAGACGGCAAUCAUCAAACCGGGCUCGCAUGUUAAUGUCAUCAGCAAGGGCCUGACCUACUCCACCCUGUCGUUAUUGUCCACCGUGUUUUUCCUUCUGUUCGCGACCCACAUGAACGGCUGGAAGCUGGACAAACGUCUCGGUAUCAUCCUGAUGGUGUGGUACCUGCUCUUCAUUACCGUUGCCUCGCUGUACGAGCUCAACUUCUUCGGCCAGCUGAACCCACCCGAAUGUCCCAGCAUCUACUAAAUACCAGACCUCCGUUCAAGCAACCCCGUUCGGUUCCAGCUCUACACACGCCUCAUCAUACGUCAAUUUUAGUCUCCCCCUCUCUAAACUAUCCUUGGCACAACCACACCUGUCUACCCUUUUGUUUACCAACACAAGCACAUCCAAUGCCAGUUCUUAGCGUUAAAACUGUUACGGAUCGCAUAACCCCAGACGGAUAUACUAAUUAAGUCCCUAAGUUUUCCCGAUUCUGUUUUUCUAGGACAAUAAGAAGAAGAAGAGCAUAUUGAACAUUCAUUCUGUCUAAGUGUGAGUGACUGUGUAUCGCCAGAUCUAUCAUCGUGACCCACGGUAGGUCCGUUAACCUAUUAACGUCAACCAACGGUUCUUUCCAUACGAUUUUACUUUAACCGUUAGUUAGUUUCUAUAUAUUUACAUUUUACCAUACAAAUCAAACUGAACUGAUUGCUUCCCUCGUUUAGUUAUACCGUAUAGUAUGUUUAAAGUUAUGUUUAAGUACCUCGUUUCAAGUAUAGUCACACACAAACAUACACAAACUCUCACACUUGUUGCUCGAAGUUCACUGAAUCUCACAAACACUUGUAGUGACAAGUUUAGUAUAAAAUACUGUUAAUUAGUUUUGUAGCUUUCGAAAAAGGUUAUUUUUCAUUCUUUGGUGCCAAUAACCGAUUGCUAUAAAAAUCACAUGUCUGGCAGGUGGCAGAAUUAUAGCAAUCAGCCAUUAUGGCACCACGCGUAGCGUCUUCACUAAUACAAACACAACUUUACAAGCAAGCGCAGCAGCGGCUGUGCCCUACUAACACAAUCCCACACAUCAUUACACAAACAGUUGCGUUUGUUGUAAAGGCACAUUUUUUGCGUUGUAUCUUUUUUUUAGGUUAAAAUCAAAGAUGAUUACUUUUGGUUAUUUUUUCACCAAAUUGCUCUCUAUGACCUGUAAAUACACCGCGCGUAUAACUGAUCUAUGUAAAAGUAUGUAAAAUAUUAACCUUUCGAGUCUCCGCUAAACUUUUCCUCCUAUCUGUUGUAAUUGAGACUACUAAUAGCUCAAACCACUAUCAAAAGUAGAGUUUUACUCGGUAAUAUCGAGAGGUGAGAGCUUUGCUAGAACUGACAAUAUUGUUUCACUCGAAUAGAUUUCAUUUUAUCUAUGUAAGCUUAGCCAGUAACUAUAUACUGUCAAACUUAAAUCUAUUAAGCCGAUAGAUCUUGACGACUUAGCUUCACCACCGUAAAUGUAAUCUGUUAUGUUUGUUUGAACUUAUUUCAAGUUACAAGACAUGUUCUUUCUAUCUUCAUUAGAUAUUAGCAAAAGUAAAGUUUCACCACAAGAAAAGCAAACAAAAAACAAUUUGCAAAACCCAAAACAGCGAAUAUUAAGUAAAACGGGCAGAUGAAUUUUACAUAAGGAAAUCAUAUAUACAUAGAUAUUAAUAUAUUUACCAAAUUGCGAUCAAAAAGACGGUAUCGAGAGAGUACAUUAAGUGAGUUAGUCCUAACCCUAUAGAUCGUUAACAUUCCUCUCUGACGUAAGCUGAGAAAAACAAAAAACUGAACUUAUUUACCUUACUUAAAGUUAUCCUUAAAUAAUCCCCAACCACACCGUAUAUGAAUGUCAACGUUAUAUUUACAACCAAGUUAUUCUAACUAAACACAAUCGAUUGUUUCAUUUGUGCAUCCUAUUACUUCCGACCAAUGAAGCAACUUUUACGACUAGUCACGAAUCUAAGUUUAAUUAAGGCUUUAGCGAAUUCUUCCCAACUCGCGGACCACCUGGUUUUCCCCCCUCUCCAAGCAUUAUUCAACUUCCGCCGACAAACUCAAAUGGACUCGAAAAGGACUUCAUCGCAUGGCGCGUUUCAAACACGAAAUCGAUAAGCAAAAUAAAUCACCCCCCAAAGAGCAACGCAAAAAUGGAUAAUAACCCUCACAGCACCAGCAUUUGAUGGAUUGUUUGUAUGUUUUUGUCCCAUCAUCGAUUAAGAAAUUGUUA